GCAUAUAAUAAAAGAUGACUGAUUUCUAAUGCUGUCCUCAACAUGUACAUGGCCCUAUGCUUCAUGCUGCUUUGCCUCCACAUUUCAACCAGGCAAAAUGUGUUUGGAGGUAGGAUCAUUAAUGGAGAGAGAGUUCCAGAUGGGAUCCUGCGGUACAUGGCUUCCCUGCAAACAAACAAAGGAGAACAUUUAUGUGGAGGUUUCCUCAUUAGUGACUGGUUUGUGAUCUCUGCAGCUCAUUGUGAAUACGGCAAUCCCCAGAGCGUAGUCCUUGGCACUUCUGAUCUUAGCAAUAUUGAUGAUGAUACUAUGAGAUACACAAUAAGCAAAUGCAAAGCUCCUUUUAAAUUCAGUCUUGAUUCAGAUAUUAUGCUCCUCAAAUUGUCCAAACCGUGCCCACUCAAACCUGUGCCGUUGCCCCCGCCUGAGGUAAAAGUGCUUGAAGAUGCCCAGUGCAGAGUGGCGGGCUGGGGAUCAACACAAACCAAUGGCCCUGAGUCAAAGCACCUCAGAAUGGCCAACGUCUCCAUCAUAAGUCACAAGAUAUGUUCAAAUAAAUGGGCUGAAGCUGAUCUAAAAUUGCCAGAUGAGGUUAUCUGUGCAGGGGGGUACAAGACAACCAAAGGAUUCUGUCAGGGAGAUUCUGGUGGGCCACUGAUCUGUAAUGGAACAGCAGUUGGAGUUGUGUCUUUCAAUUAUUUCAGCAUUUGUGACUAUCCCACUUUGCCCAAUGUUUACACAGGCCUGAUUAAGUUCCUUCCCUGGAUCAAAAAUGUAAUCUUACAAAACGACUGCUAACUGAUUCAAAUGUGGGU